AUGGACGGCGCAGUGAACGGUGCGGCUGUCGGUGAAGUGACUUUUUGGGAGCAGUUGGAGGGCGUGUAUGUCCGGGAGCAAGACGGGAAGUACAUGGCGAGCAUCCAAUCCAACCUCGUGCACUGGGCGGACGAGUUUCGCUCGGACCCCUCCGAGCUCUCCAUCACGGGCACCCGGGAGGUCUGCCUCAGUUUGGGUGGCCGUGUCUACACCGCGGAAAUCUCUGCGAGCCUGGGGACUUUACUCUGGGACGAUGGUGAGGUAUGGGCGAAGCGCCAGCCCAAGGCUUGA